AUGAAUUCACUCAUGACAAAAGAGGAAAGUUACGCGGAAAGGAGAAAGUUGUUCAAAAAUAUUUGGGAGACUUCGAUGAACGUAGAUGACAAAGAAGAUAUUUUGACCAAACCUAAGGUCAUAAAAACAUUACGCCUGGAUGAAUUAGAUAGAAUUGGAGGGAAGAAGAAAAAACAAAAAAUUAAAAAUCUACGAAACGUAUGCAACAAACUGUUAGAUUUCUGCGAUCGUCAAGAUGCAGACGAUUUGUUCUAUGCACAGAUGGCAACCCAGAACAAGGAACAACCGAAGAUUGAAGUCGAAACCGGUGGAAAGAAGAAAAAAGUAAUUAAAGUUAAACGAAAAGUUAAAAAAGCCAAAAGUAUGUUUUCGCACAACAAUGAAAUGGCGUUAGCGCGGGCAACUACGUCAGAAAGGAAGGAUGACAUGAUAAAAUUCAAGACGGCAUCAAGAUAUACAUCGCCAUUAAAAAUUAACAGAUUAACUGAAGGUGUUGAUUCAAAAACAACGAAAAACAGACGAACUCCUCGUGUAACUAUAAAUAAUAACAUAUCCGGAGAUAGAAACGUAAAGAAGAAAACGGUUCAUAAGAAACGAAGUAAAAAAAUUAUCCCAUCAAUUCAAUUAAUACCGACAGGUAAAUUAAUCGCCGAUCUAGAAAUAUAA